AUGCCAGUACAACAACGAGAUAAAAGACCAGACGAUUUAAUGCCGUUACCAACACCGCCGCCACCACCACCAUUUCCUAAAGAUUCUUCAAAUCAUACCUCAUCUCCAACGAGCCAGAUCACAAAUAAUACAUCUUCAAGGACCACUGAAAAAACUCCACAUGAUACUAAAGCUAAUGAUGAUGAUGACGAAGAAUUUGAAUUCUUCCAUGAAUUCAAACGUGAGAAUGUUAAAGGUGUGAUCCAUUUAAUAACAGCAGAGAUUAAAAAUAAAGGUUUAGAUACAGAGUAUUUGAUGAUCCCAUUCAGACCAGAACAAACAAAUGAAAAACUACUGAAGUUCUUAAAUCAAAUUUUUCCACUUGGUAAUGGACAACCUGUCAACGAAAAGAAACAAAUCAAGAUCAUCUCAAAUACGAACGUAUUCACCCUUUUCCAAAGUUUGAAAUACAUUUGGUGUAGACUUCCUAAUGCUGAAAUAGUGGGUUGGAAAGCAUACUUAGAAUUUAAAUAUAGAGAACAAAAUUUAGAUUAUCCUCAAAAGGCAUUCUUAGAACUUAUGCCACAAUGUUUAGAUUCACCAAAUCAUGCUUCUAUUGUUUAUGAUUUCUUCGAUUUGAUAGUUACAUUAGCCUCAAAUUCCAAGGUAAAUAAAAUGAGUGCCAGGAAAAUUUCGAAAAUGUGUGCCAUAUGGGCAUUCAGUGGUGAUAUGAAUCAACACUUUAAUGGGAAUAAUGAAUCUCAAAAUUAUGAUUUCGACUAUAGGAAACCGUUAUCUUCAAACGUACCGAACAAUUCAAUACAAGACGGGCUAAACCAAUGGAUCCCAGCAUCAGAUGUAAUGUUCCAUCUCUUAUUAUCAUUCUUAAAGAGUUUUGUGCCUGAAGAUUUAGAGUCUUCGAAAUUACCAAGAUCAUUGAAAAGUUUAUUGUUUAAUAAUGAAUACCCACCAAAAGGAUCUACAAUAUAUAAGUCAGAGACAAUCUUGACUAUUCCUUUGGUUACAUUGAAGACUGAUAAAUUCUCUAGGAAACCAUGGCAAUUAUUAGAAAGAUGUAAUAAUUUAUUAGAUUUUGAGGAUCAUAAUUCAUUCGAAGCGAGAGAAGAUUAUGCACUUUUAAAAUCAUUGUUUAAAAAGAAAAAUAAUGUAGAAGGUAUAAGCAAGAAAAUGUCUCAAGAAUCAAGAAGAUUAAUGAAAUUAAUGUCAACUAAACAUUCAACAUUCCAAGCUGGAUGGACAUCAAGGAAAUGCCUUGAGAAUAUUCAUGAAUUAAAGGAACAUAUUGAAGUAACAAGAAUAGAUAUCGAUGAUUAUUUCAUUUGGACGUGGCUUUCAACUUUAUCGUAUGAACAGACAUCUCAGAAAAAGCAGUUAUUUGGAAGACCUAUCAUUUUAGAGUUUGAAUUCGAUGGGUUUAAAAAAUGGGUAUUGUUUCAAGAAAUUGACAUCACUAUUGAUUAUCGAAUAAAUGAAAUGGCAAACAAUAAAAAAAACAAGAAUACGUCAUCAGAUACCGCAGCACUAGAACCGUCAGAAGAUUUGAAGAAUCAACCUUUGCAAAAACCAGAAAAAAGAAAUAUAACACCUGCAUAUGAGAAAUUUCAGCAAGAAGUUUCUGAAAACAGCAUAAAAUUGGCAGACUCCCCUGGCAUGUAUCAUACCGUUAUAUCGAAGGAAACAAUCCAAAAAAACAGUAAAAAGCAUAACACCAAUCUACAUUCGCUCGAACAAAAGAUAUCGAAAUGGAAUCCUUUGCAUAACUUGAGAAAGAAAAGCAAUAGUGCUUCAAGUGUAGACCAAUCAACUUCCACAAUAGAGAAUCCAUAUCCUAGAAAGAACGAAAGUGCGGACUCUGGAAAUGUAUACACUAACAAUAUUGACUCGUCCUUCGAACUGCCUGUUAUCGAAACGGACAAUUUCAAGAUUGAAUUCCCAGAUUUGAAUCAAGUAGAGAGUAAACCUACGAUAAAUAACAUAGAUACAUAUAACAACACUCCUCCGUCUAUUACACAUCCUGCAUUUACUAAUACUAAAAAUUUACCCUCAUCGACGUCUUCAUCUCUUUCAAGAAGAUCACCUCCAGCCCAAAUAGCAGAGGCAACAAUUCACGAGAUAAACGGUAUGAUGGAGCAACUAAUGACAAAUAACCAUACCCCAGAUUCCGAAGCUGCUGCAGAAGAGGUAUUUGAAAAAGUGACCAAGUUUGAACAAUAUAGACCUUCUAACUUUAAUGAAUCAAUUUCAAAUCUUAAUAUUUCACAACAUAGCCUGGUCGAAUCCUUAAGCAUUGCAAAUCAAACUCCAACAGAGUUGCACCCUGCUCACAUGAAACCACUUUUGACUAAAGAUGCAUCUUAUCCACAAAACAAUAUACAAUUGCAACCUGAAAGGCUGGGAGAACCUUCUUCUCCUCAAAGAAAUCCUCCCCUUAGAGAUAGUGAACACCAAAAUCUUCCGAAGGAAUCGGCCCAAAUUAAUACCAACAACUAUUUUAAUGCUCUGGGUCCAAUACCACGACCAAGUGCAAACCAAUCGACGCAAGUGCAAACUAAUAAUACAAAAUCUAAUCUCAACUAUGAGGACGAGCAGCAAUCUAAUAACAAUACUAGGUCAAACUAUUCUUCGAAUCCAUCAUUAAAUAGGACUACUCAGCCGGAGCCUAAGGCUACUAAUACAAGAGAACAACAAUCGGUGAGUUGUCCACCUACUCAAUCAUCGCCUUCUCAACCACAUCAAAUGCAGAAUACUUACAAAUUGAAUACCCAUGCAAGUCCAGAAAUGUCUUCCCAAGGCUAUAAUUCUCCUUCUUUCCAUGGGCAGAAUCAUCCAAACACACAACCGCAAACUCAAUUUUAUAAUAAUGUCAAUAAACAACAAUCGCCAUUACCACCACAUUCAUACCCAGUAGAUAAUUCAAUAGCACAUGGGCAAAGUCCGAUGAAACCUAAACUAUAUAUGCCUGCAUCGAAUAGCGCUGGUAAUAUGGCGCCUACGGUAAAGCCAAAUCCAAAUCCAAAUAACAUUCCAACAAAUCAAUCACAUAAUAAUAUACGACCAAUGUAUGACAAUGCAUCACCUUUACAGAAGAAUAACAUGAUACCAGCUAAUUUUCCGAUGCAACGUAAUCAAAUGCCCCCCAUACAGCAGCACAACAUGCCCCAACAUAAGGCGAAUCGUGGUCGUAGUCAAGUUCAAAACACUGGCUAUUCACAGUAUGUUCAUCCGAUGUCUCCUGUAAGGUAUAACAAUGAAAUGCCGAUGGCACCACCUACUAUGGGAUAUCAAGGACCAUCGCCACAACCAGCGGCACCACCUCAACAACAAAAUUAUUAUAACAAUGGCCAAGUUCCAGUUCAAGGUUAUUAUUACAAUCAUAUGCCUCAGACAUCUGUCCCCACUCAAAGUGGACAUGGACGAGCACCUAAUUAUGGGAAAGGUAAGCAAGAAUUGUAUGGAAUUCCAAUCCAAAAUGGUCCGGCAAGUAAACUGCAUAGUGGGAAUAUGAACAAACGUCAAGAAAGGAAAAAUCUAUAUGACAACAUUAGAAACGGUAAUUUUGGUAUUUAA